GAUACUUGUCAAAAUUGUCCAGUCAAAGAGUAGAGAAUAGAGAACAGAUAGGUAAAUUACGCAUACGCAGUUCUACUGUUGUUCUUUGUUUUUAAAAAUAGAUAAUCCAAGAGAUAUAUUCCGAGAAAAUAAUGAAUUAUUGAAUGUAUGAAUUUUUGAGUCGUAGGUUUAUAUAAGAAUACAUUUCAUGAUGUCUCACAGUAGCAAUAAAACUGAAGAUGAUUCAAGACAUAGUCUCAGAAAACUUCAUGCUGAGUUCAAAGCAAAAAGAAAAUUAAGAAUUCCCGAAGAAAUACAGAAGAUACAAAAAGAAUUCUGUAAAACAUACAGGCUUUUUCAAGCAGUUGAAUUGAACAAUGUAGAGAAAGUUAAAAACCUGCUUCAACAAGGAGUAAGUGCAAACAGUACAGACUUUGAAUUGCGAAGUGUAUUACAUGUAGCUGUCAGCAAAGGAUACGCUGACAUUGUGGAAUUGUUGCUCAAAUAUGGUGCAGAUCCGAACAAGAAGGAUAUGAUACAUAACACUCCUCUUCACUUAGCGGUUUGCCUUCAUAACAUUUCAAUUAUAUCCAUGCUUAUAAACGCAAAUGCAGAUGUGAGUAGCCUAGAUAAUAAUGGACGAACUGCUUUUCAAUUAGCUUCGAGUAAGUUGAAACUGCUACAAAGUAGUUGGAGAGCAGGAACAAUUGAGAUGAUAAAACUGAGAGAAGAAAUGAAACAGGUGGUAGAUUUAUUAUUAUCCAUACUGAUGAGAGGCAUAGAAGAAAAAAUGGAGAAAAUGAAUAGUUCUGAUGUUGACGAUUUACAAAUGAUGAAACUAUCUUUGAAUUCUGGUCCAGAUGAAGCUGUGGAGGAACAAAUAGCAAAUUUAUUGGAAGAAAUUGAGAAAUUAUAAGAGUUUUUUUACUGGAUGAUUUACAAGAAAUGAGUACGGUUAGGAAAUACCUUUAUUUACGAGCUCACAUGGUUUUUACAAGUUGUAGGCAACUUGAAUUUUAAUAAAUUGAUGAAUGUAGCCCUUACUACGUGGUAGGACACCAUCAUGAACAAUGAUAAUCAAAACUUUCUAUGAUUUUUUACCACUUUUUAUUUAUAACUAACGUUAUUGCAGUUUCGUCCUGCGUAUUCACCUGAAAAUGUUCUUGUAGGACAAAACUGUAGUAACGUUAGUUACAAACACAAAGUAGUAUAAUAACAUAGAAAGUUUUGAUUCCCAUUUUUCAACACACAUUUUGUAAGAAAAAAUUGUAAUACUUUUAUUCAUUGAAUCAAUGGAAAACUGUUUGUCCUACUAAAAAAUCGGACUGUAUUUUAAGUUCAAAAGUCAUAUAGUUUUAUUUAUAUAGGCAGCUUUUAUAUUAACGGAUUUUUCAUAAGUGGAAUAUAUUGUACAUAUUUUAGUGGAGUUAUAAUUCUUAUCAUACUUAUAGUAUAUUUUUGAGUCAAGAAAAUGAGUAUUUUCUGAUAUUGACUAGAUCUCAGAAUGUGUAUUAUUUGAAUGAUGCUAGUUUUCAUUUCAAUAAAAAUGAUGUGAAUGCUGA